AUGUCAAAGUUACAUGCUAUAACUGCUGAAUUGGGUACCUCUGAAUAACAUUUUGGCUAUUCGUUUUUACGGUUUUUUGUUUUGUGCGUUAUAUUUGGCUUUCAGAGUGCAUGUUACUUAAUCAGGCCUAGAAAUAACUGUAGCCACGUUCAUGUUAGUAAGAAGGCGCUUUUUGCAACAAUCAUUACCGGCGUCGGUAAUGCUAUUCUGCCUAUUACAAAUGUUAGUCGCCUCAUAAAACGAUAUUAGACUUCUCGGUAGAAGUCUUGCGAAUCCGAAUUUGGAAUUGGCCCGCAGUUGUUGGUAGACGAGAACACCUGAAGAUCGGCCAUUUAAAUGCAAUUGCAGACGAGGCUGUCCACUGAACCCUAGAAUACCAUUAGCUAUGAGUGGACUGGGUCCACGUAAAUACAAACCUGAGCCGGUAGUCUGGGCACAGUCGCCUUUUCGGUGAUUAUUCCCUUUUCCCAAGCUUCAUUUGAACAGUGACGCACAACCUCCGAUGAACAGUUAGAUAAAGCGAGCGAAAAAAAUCAUUCAGAAAGCUGGGCUUGACUUACAGAAUCAUUUCUUCUUGGGCCAUUUGCACUGGGAUAUCAAUUUAAAAUGGGUAACUCGCGUGACUGUUACGUACCCGCCUACGUUUGAGAUGCCGGAAAAGUUCCAUUAUUCUGUUAGACUAGCGUAAAGAUCCAUGCUACGGUGUCUACAGAGGCCGAUGCCAUCCCCAUCCCUCAUCCAAACACAUAGCCUGCUAACUAAACUGCUUAGUCUGGGAUGGACCCUUAAUAUUUGAUCCAUGAAUUUUCAAAUGUUUCUCGACAAGAGCCCAGAGUAACGGUACGGUGUUCAUUGCAGCGUAAAUGUGUGCUGUUUUUUUAGCCUCAAACCCUUUACCCAUGAUCCCCGAAAACGGAGGUCAAGAGUGCGAAGUCCUCUUUUAAUUUCCACUAUAUCACUUCUUAUGGCUCAUCUGCCAGGCAUUUUGUGAGGCCUGUUCUCGCGGAACGGGCAAACGAAACAAUAUCCGCACGAUAACUACUCAGUGACCAUCUAACGUACACACGGCGGGAGUGACCCUUUUUUAGUACUUCUCCCGUUUAUACACAGCUGUUAACUGCUAGUCUGUCUGAUAAAAGAGCCGUUUCAGUUUCUUGCGAAACCCAUCCACAGUGAUUUUUCGAUUUUUGACGGUCAUUUGGAUAGCGAGACUGCAUUCUAACUUGUUCAUUGUUUCGCAGUUGGGUGAAUAAAAGUAAAUCAGUGCGUGACUCCAUUGCUUACGAAACCUACCGCAUAUCAUUCGCAUACGCCUAAAAGGAUACUUCACAGGCUCCAUCAUGUCGUGAAAUCGCGACAGCCCUGCAUGGCUUAGACCUUGAGUGCAAAACUUCACUCGUACGCUGCAGUCCUAAUCGAAGAAGAGCUGAAUUCCGUCUUUUUCACAACGUGUACCGUCUUUUGCGUUCAUCGCUGACAGAAAGAAGACAUCGACAAAGUUCUGAAACCGCCUUGGAAUAAGGCGCCCAGAGAGAACUGCAUCCCCGGUGAAGUUAGGCUUGUCGACGCUGACCCAUCGGCACCAUGAGAUGAUUGGGUAGGUACGGAGAAUGAGGCUGUCACGGAUAACCGAAAAUAGACGAUUCUUUUGCCUAUUUUCACGAAGAUAAAAUAAUUUUACUGCAUGUAUGACCCAGGGACGUGACCUAACAAGGCCCCAGCUGAUGUAGGUCGUUGAUGCAUCGAGAUAAUAUUCAAAGCGCGGUCUCAUUACCGGACACCGCCACGGCUAAUAACAAUAAUACACUAUCCUUGUUGACUAUACUACAACGGUCGAUUCCGUUUACCAUGUUUAACUGUGAUAAAUAGUAGAGGCAGACGCCAUUUCGGUAAACGCAUCUUUCUACGAUGACCUAAUAUUACGUCAACAUCCAGCGAGUACGUGUAUGUGUUCUCCCAGCUGUUAGACUGGGUUGCGCUACCCCACUCAUUCUAUUUAACCACGUCAUCGACUGAAUUCUCUGUGUGACAAUACGCGGUGUUGUAACUAAUUUUUUUUAUCAGAAGACCGUCUGAGUUGCAUAAAAUAAGCUAACUAUGUUGCCCUGCUGGUGAUAUAGCUCUGGCCAAAAAAAUAUAUUAGAUGAGCGUGAUCGCUUAGUCGAUUAAUUUAUCUAUCAACCCUGAAAAUACCAGAACAUUUGCUAGCUGAGUUUCCGACGAAGAGAAGGCACCUAUUGUAAUUAAUCACUGCCAGCUUUAAAAAAUAUCCGGAGGCCAAGUAGCUACCUAAAUGAAAGAGUAAGGGCGUCGUCGACCGAAUAGAAUGUAUUCGUAGGAUUUUGAUGAUUUUUGAAGAUGUUUACAAACCGUAUGCGACAUAUCAAUCUUCGUGAAGACCCACAUGUUCUGUACAUCCUUGCGAUUAGUCUUCAUUUAUGUUUGUAAGUGUUGGGCUUUGCACGUGACAGACAAACACCCGGAGCUUUUUGAUCUCCGCUGCGUCAGAAGGAUCUUUUCAGACGGGCAUGUCGAAUUCAUCUUGAUUAAGGCAGUCCGCAAUCACAUGGGUAUCGCGAAGGAAAAUCAGACUGUCCAAGAAGGCGAAUUAAUUGGUUUGAGCACUUUACUCGCAAUCCCUUGAGCACAGUAAUGCUACUCUUGAUUCGACAUUGCUAUCUAACUGAAGGCGCCGAAGACCGGGCCAACCCAAAACCUGGUUCUACGCUCUCCGUCAAUAAUCAUGAACAUUUAGUAUUCGGCCUGUGUCGCUGGUGAAGGCACUGGAUCGAGCUCUUCAGAUCCCCUCCCAUUGGUCGUCAGGUGUUAAGGUGUACUCUCCCCAACUAGGUCAAACAUGAUCAAAACCGUAUCAAGUACAAGUUCGCAUGAAAAACGAAGCGAACUACUUGGCCGCCAUGGCCCAGUGUCAGCGUCCGGCAGAAUCCUUUGUAUAAAAACCAUGACACUUAACACAUUUCUUAGAUAAAUUUUGGUUGUGGUGGAGUAGUUGAUAGUAGACUGAAGAGGAAACGUCAGUUCCCCAGAGACAUUCUUCAUUCGUCACAUUACCAUGAUGUUCAUUGUGCAAAUUGGAAAGCGUGGCUUCUCCCACUGACCAAAUUUGCUAUCGUUUUAGCGAAAAGUGUUUGCGAGCUUGUAUAGGCACAUAUAAACGCCUCUAAGCAUUUCCUUUGUCGAAUACUUGGUCUACGAAAAUUUUACAAGAAAACUGUUAACGGUAAAAAUAACCGCAAUCUUGCUUCUCGGCAAAAUUCGAUAUCAAAAGACAUCAUUACCGAAAAAAAACAAGACUUCCGGAGAAACCGUGUACCUUUACCUUCAGUCCCAUCCUUGUCCUAAUAAUAGAUUGUGUCCGGAUUUUCGGUACGACAUUCAGUGGACAGUUGAGGGAGAGUCAGUCCUGGGUUCAGAAUCUAGAGUUCUGAAAUUUCCUUUAUGUCACAACUGAACGGCUGUGCUUUGACUGUCUGUCGCUCCUGUCAUGGAGGUGGCCGGUGUCCAGUCCAUGAGACCAGAGCGAGCAUUCGACAUAUAAUGACUUUGUCGAUGCUUCUAUUUCACUUGUCAAGUCCAUGUUUCAUUUUCAGCAACCGUGAUUGCGUUUUCCUAAAAAUUGGUUUGGUGUGACAAUUUUUUUAACCUCAUGUGCCCAUAACGAAAGAAGAUAUGUGAACUCCAUACACACUUCCAAAUCACUGUUCACAAUCUAAGGAGAAUCCGGCCUGCGAUUCCACGUGUUUGGCCUUAUGUUUAUUAUCUUUCACCGGCACUCGCAUAGUCUAUUCCAGCAUUUCCGUUUCUUUCUUUCAGGCGCUGAAGUUGACCGUUUUACUGCUAGAAUUGAGGAGGAAAAGAGAAAAAUUCUAGGUAACACACUGGUUCUUCACAAACGUGCGCAUUCCACUGCAGAAUCUAAGGCGCUUUUUGAAAGUCAACUUGAAAAAAGACGUCAAAAUGACGCGGAGUCAGCGAAACUCCUGAGUGAGCUUGAUAGAAUCCAGACAUCUUGCUUUAAACAGCGACCCUCUCCUGACAGGUAGUUUCCGCGUACGUAACCUAUAUCUGCUAGUGGCGAUGAAUCUGGUGUCGAUCGUAUGCCCUAUUUGGUCAAAGUUGCUGGCGAAAUCCGUGCUGCAGCCCAAAAAAUUAGGUAUUCUGUUUAUAUCACUUUCUUUUCAGAGUUUUCAUUCAACUUUAUGGCUGUAUCUUGCGCACAACACUCAUAUUUAUGGCGCUAAUUAUGAUUACUGGCGUGCUCGGAAGACAUGCCACCCGGUAGAUGUGCUGGACCAACAUAGGGAUUAGAUGCGCCUCCGACAGGCGUUAUUGGUAAUGCGCACCUAUAACAAAUGCUGGCUUUCUCAGUGUAGUAGCACACCUACGUGCGGACUCACGCCGCGCCCAUUAGAGUCCGUACCGCACUCCAGUUUUUUGAUUUAUAAAAUCCUGGUUCGCGUGUACCGUGCAUCUGUCCAGUCUGUACUUCUCUACGGUUGUGAAUGCUUGGCUUUGCGCGUGGAGGACGAGCGAAAACUGGAGGUAUCUGAUCACCACUGCUUGAGGACCAUUCCUCGAGUGAAGUUCACCGACUUCGUCUCAAAUAAGACAGUCCGCGCGCGCUGCGACAACAUCGCAAGGAUAAUUCAGGCCAUCCAGGAAAGACGAAUGAGGGGAUUCGGGCAUGUUCGUCGUCGUCCACCUCAGGAGUUAAGUGUUACUACCCUCGAUCUGGCGCCGUUGCCCCAUUGGAGGCGUCGAAGAGGAGGUCAAUUCAAAACCUGGCUCGACACAGUUCGUCAAGACAUGGAGGUGGUUCUUGGACCUUCGGUAUUCGGUCUACGUCGUUGGCGAAGGGAAUAGGUUGAGAUGUCCAGAUCUGCUGCCGCGGAUCGUCACGCGUGAAGAGGUAAAGUCCGCGACAUCAUCGUGGCCGGCUAGAUCAGGCAUGAUCGCAGCCGUAUCAAGUACAAGUAAGUUGGUGUAUGUUGUAGACCAGGAGGUGUGGUGGUACGCCUAGGUGCGGGUUUUCGUUAUAUCAACCGUGUGUCCCCUUCCCGCCUCCGGUUUUCUUUACUUUGUCAUAACACCGGGGAGGUGGAGAGUGCGAGAGAUGAAGUGCAAGUAUACUGUCACCAUAAGUUAAUUCAUGCGCAAGUCACCGUCUCUGUCCGCACCCUGCUGUGGAGCACACAAUGGACAUCGUCGGUCACGACUGUCGAACUAUCAUGAUUACUGGUUCCAUGUGCAUAGCUUGUCUAAUAAUCACCGUUUGCGGUCGCCCAGCGGGAGACUUUUGGGCGAGGUAGGCUAGUUGGCACACUAGCCGCUCAGAACACAGACCUGGGUGUCCAAUUUGGCCAGUUUGCUUCCAACUGCAUCCAUAUUUUUGCUAUUCAGGCGCCGUUGCGAGUCGAGAACAGCUGCCCGUAUAAUCUCGCCUCCACGUCGACGCCGCAUGUGAUCUUGCCAUCUCAGUCAGCGGGUGAGCGGGGCGACGUUGUCCAGUCACUCUUCGGACCGACCGCACUGUUGUUCGUUGGAGACCACUUCGUAGCAAGUGGUUGGCGUUUUCUGAACGUACCGGUAAUUCCGCAUAUCCACGUGGAAAGAUUGUCGUAAUAGCGACCUUGUAUGGUCAUAAUUCUGGACUGGUCGGAUGUCGAUUUCUGCAUCUCGAUUCAAUUGUCCGAAGGCAUUGAUUGGUUUGGGUGGAGCGGCCGGCUGGUGCUCUACGAUUCAGGCUGCAGUGACUCCUCAAUGUAGCCUUUAUGGCACUCCUACUCCGUGGGUUCCGAGCCAAGUGUGACGACACGCCUAGGUGCAGCUCCGGCCGUGCCAGCCACCCUUUUUGUUGUUUACAAUCCUGGUCAUUCGCUGUGCGGACCAGGGGCUAUGGAGUGGAACAUCAAGGUGCGAGCCCCACCGUGUCAUCCGCCUGCGCCCUCCCCCGCCCCCGGUCUUCUUGUCUACAUCUUGACACCGGAAUCAGGUGGGGAACGAGGACAGAGCGCGACAAACAAAACGCCAGUCUACCAUCACUAUAACUUAAUUUACGCCCAAUUCAUCAUUUCUGCUCUCACCCUACUGUGGAGCACACGGUGGACAUCGUCGAGACCGAUGGCCGUACUGUCAGCUGCCCGUCAUCCGGUUUGUUUCUAGGCCCAGAUGAGAGGUAAACGUCAGGUGGGACGUGAGGGAAAUUACCGCUUCUUGCGGCAUGGCGUUCUAGGUGGCGGUCAAUCCAUCCGCUUGGCCACCCCUCAUAGGACACCUUUUACACCCCCUUCGCUCCCUGUUUUGAACCGUAUUUUGCAUUUCUGAGCUGGAGCAAGCUGGCAACCGCAAUACCAUCAGCAUUAACCACGGCCUACUGCAACACCGACGUGGUUUACCAGUGCAGGUCGGUCCGAUGACAGACGCUGGAAGUGACAUCAUUGAGGCCUCGACAUUGACAGGGACUUUAGUUAUUGCUCAGCGAUUGUAUUGUUAGAUCAGUCGAGAUACCUUUGGUCACAUGCUCUCAUGCAGCUCGAUCAACCGCUUUUAGUCCCGAUGGACAGUGAGGCAUAGAUUGCCAACAACAGUGGCGAUGUUGGAUGGUUCGGCGAAGCUUCUGUGGUCGAUUGUCGCAGUUCUUCAUCCUCUUCUACGCACUGGUACUAGUGUCGGCGAUUGGCGAAGACGCGCUUGAAGAUGGCUGUACUUCUUGCACAGUGGUAGGAUGUCCUUAAGAUUGACAUGAGACCGGCGUUUCUCCAGUUUUUGGAUAUGACCUCCGUUCCCAAACUUGUAUCAAAGGUCCGCGCACUAAGUCUGGUAAUAUUGUUAAGUGGCGUUUUUUUGAUUCUUAAUGGAAAUUAGUCAUCGGCAAUUUCAUCGUCGUUCAUCAUUUCGCGCCAACGAUGUCGGUAGACGGCAAAUUGUGGUCAUCCAUUGAUUGAAGCACCUGGAUGUCUUCACAUUGGAUGGCAUUUUGCGGAGUUUGCGUCAGUUCGAACAGGUUUUUUGUCGACUGAAGACGCCUCGGAAAUCACUGGCAUCUGAAUCACUGCAGCGUGACGAUUAGGGGAUACCCUACAGCAAUCUGUGACUGUAGUCCAAUUCUGAGGAUGAUCGACUUAGCUUCCCUACUCACCUUUCGGGGAACACGCAGAAUGGGACCGAUUGAGAUCCUAACCACAGCAGUGAGGGUCACACGCCCACUUGACAUGUUUAUAUAUCUCAUUUCGUGAAAUCAAUGACGCACUGAUUAUCGGUAAAGACUGUGAAACAGCUGUCUGCGUCUGACCUGUUGCACUCUUAAUGAGCUGCUUAUGUAUUAUAUGUUGUAUGUGUCCUAUGGCACAACGUUCGUUGUCGUCAGUAGCAAACUGGCGGGCGAACAGAAUGGGAUCGAGUGAGAUCCUAACCACAACGGUGAGGGUCAAACGCUUACUUGACGUACGCUGUUUUUAUCCGUUUCAGAGACGAGCGAAUAGAAGUCCUUGCGAAGUACAAAGCUCAGCUGGACAAGUAUGAGUUACUUACUCGGAAAAAUCACUUCCUCGAGUCCUUUAUCGAAACUUGGAAGAGUAAUCUUCGAGACGGCAAGGAGCUUGCAGGUAGAACACUUAGUUUUUGCAUUCUGUCGUUAUUUAGAAUUACCGGAGGUCAUAAGAAAAAUGCAAGUCGACAUCUUUGAUCAACUAUGUACGUUACAGGUCUGAAGAGUUGUCAGAAUUCUAUGAAACAGCACCUCACAAAAUUUUAGAGGAGGUUUGCUCCAAACCCGUAAGUUUCGCUCCUAGAUUUUCGAUUUUGCAACUUCUCAGACACUUUUAAUCAAUUCUCAUCGGACCAGUGCAUUUAUUUGGGUGCGAGGUACAAAGAAAAGCGUGUUAGCGAUAUACGGUUCGUCUUUUUAUAGAAAUGGGGUGUGGGAAAGGAGGGGAGAGGAGACAGUAAGUGGCAGUGAGGGUUAGGUAGAGGCGUGUCACAUGGGCAGGGGGAAACAGAGGUGCGGAGACACGCAUUCAGUUAAUCGAUCUUUGGCCACCGUAGACGCGGAGCAUGCAGGAGGUUCUUCUGUGCACACAGGACCGGCCUCCAUGGCCUGAUGGCAGUCGCGUCUGCUGUUGCUAGUAAGCGCGGACCCAGUUGCUUAGGGUAGUUAGGGGAAGGGCCUUGUAAAUCACACGGAGGGUUUCACUGGGGUCCACGAGAUGCCCAGAAUCAACCCUUUACGCGGAAAUGGAGCUGUGUGUGCUCUUAAUUUCACAUUUCCUGAGCCAUGCCGGCAAGUGUUCUCGUAUUCUUGUGGAUAAGCGCCGGUUAACUGGUGGCCUUUUCUUUAGUGAUUUCUGCUAAUCAGUCACCUGGAAGCAGAAACUUUAGUGAUGAGUGUUGAGCACCUUAUUUUCCUCCUAAACAUCCAAAACUGACAAUUUCGUAGCACCACACACGGGAUGAAUAACUACGCCUUUAAUAAUCGGGCAUAUUCAGAAGACUAUUUGGCAAGCAUUCGUCUACUUCCAAUGAAUUCUCGUCAGGCCAGUACAUUUGUAUGGAAACAGGGUCAAGUAAAACCUGUCAGUGAUUAUAAAAAUCGAUUUAAAUUCGUCUUAAAACACAAGCGGCGUAUAAAAUAUGGGGUGGUAAUAAGUCAACGCCAGGGGCAGGGUGAGAGCGGAAGGGCGCGGAGAGUUGCAUGCAGCUAGUCGACUUCCGACCACAAUAGGUGCGGAGCCUGAACGAGGUUCUUCUGUGCCCACAAGACCGGGUUUUGUAACCUGAUGGCGGCCGCUUCUAACAUAAGCUGGCCUAGUAGUUUAGGGUAGCUUGAUGGGACCUUAUAAAUCACACUAAAAGUUUUGUUGGGGUCUAUAGGAUGUCCGGAAUCAACAAAAUAUGCGGGGGUGGGGCCGUUUUUGUUCCUAGCUUUGUCUUUUCCCAGCCAUGCCGGGAGAUGUUCUUGUAUUCUUUUGGAUAGGUGCCGACUCGUGCGACCAGUAUAACCUGCUUCACAAGAGCAAGUGAAGGAGUAGAUGCACCUUGAGGUGGUUUGAGUUGGCAACCUAUCCUUACCUUCUUCGCGUAAAAUAGGGUUAUCAGAGAAUAUUAUUGGAACCCUUGCUGGUUGACCAAAGCGUCUUCUUAGAAGUUCACUCGCAGCAUUCCCUUUAAAAGGGACUUUGAGGAACUGUACUUUUGGGGAAUCAGUGUUGUCUGCUUUUCUGGUCAUCCGGCAAUAUUCUUUGCAGUAAACCUGUCACGAUACUCAUUUUCGUGAAUCAAGUCCUGGAUCUCUUUAAGCGUCUCCUCGGUGCUGUCAAACAGAGACCUGACCCUUUGCGCCAAAUAUCGGACUAGAUUUCGUUUUUGUUGGCGAUGCACGAAACCGCCGAGGUUCGUGUACUGUCCAGACCAAGUCUUCUCCUGAAAAACGCUCCUUCGGACUCUGCCGUCCAGCAUGGCUCAAGUUGUUAUCGGACCCAAAUGGCAAUUUAUUCAAGGCCUUCUGUUAUUUGCUGACUAAAGCUUUUUGUUAAUGACUUUGCAAACUACCGUCUAUGGGGUCGUCUUCAACUGGCCAAUUUUUCGUUUUUUUUCAAGGGUCCCCAGAUGACCCCUGCCCCUCCGCCUGCACACACUACUCGAGCCUCUGAAAUGUCUAAUGUUCAUGCGCAAUCGCUCGCGCACGCCGAAGUUACUGCACCUGACCCACGCAAAAUGAGCGAUCAGUCAAGCUACUCUGCAAAUGGCGACGCAAACGAUAUCAGCCGACUAAUUGACCUCAACAGCACGGCUGUGGCCAACCUGGAGAACGGUAAGUGACAGCAGGUGGUCGACUCUUCCUGGUCGCCAUUGGAGCGUCAGCCAAUUUCACAUCUCCCACUUUAUAAGUCCUACACCACUGUGCAGCCUCUCUCCCUCCCUCCCCCCUCUCUCUCUCUCAUAGUCUACUAGAUAUUUCAAGUGGUAGUAAGUAAUCCUGUAGUCUGUUUUUUUUACCGACGACCCUGACUAUAGUCCGUGACAACCUGAGACACAGACUGAAUGGGAUGCAGCUACCAGAGGAUUAGAUAAAAGCUGUGGAGGGGAUACUUAUUGGUCGCACUGCGGGCUAACGGGCGCGUCCACAGGUGGCGAGGCGUCUUACAAAAUACCUCAAAGCCUGGCGAGGUCGCUGCAACAUGGCGAACAUGAGUCGUCUCCAAAUAAGGUUGCUGUUCCUGGCUAUCUCUAAGUUAAGUUCUUGCGCUAAAGAUGUGAAGAUAACAGCCUCCAGUAAGUCAUUAGGGCAGCUGUUAGGGACACGCCUGUACUAAAAAUUCCCAAGAAACCUCGUGCAUGAAAUAUCCGAAGGUUGUAUUACUAUUCAUGCUACAGUGUCCUCAGAACCUAAGGUGUCUCGGGACGCUGGUCCAGUAGUGUGGGGGAAUAUUAUGCGAGCUGGACUACUUGGACGGAAUCGGGGCCUCAGCAUUUGGUGUACCGGCCAAAAGCAUUGCCAUGAUCAAAGCCUACUUUCGCCCCACUACUGCGCGAGUCCUGGUUCAUAACAAUCUCGUCCAACCAUACGAUAGUCGAUCUGGCGUUCGACGAGGUUGUACCCUGUAGCUCAUUUUAUUCAACUAUACCACUGAUUGGAGUCUUGGGAAGGCCCUACUUGAAGGACAUCGGUUGACUAAUCUCGGCGCUUCGAGCGUUGGUGAUCUACAGUCUACGGUGUCACGGGUUCAUGAAGUCGCUAAAUUGGUCAGUUUAUCCAUAAAGUCUGAGAAGACCAAAGUUUAUUAAAACUGCAUCCCUGACCAAGAGACGGCACCCCUCGGGAUUGGUGGCUGUCGAUUUAAAGAAGUAAAGUUUCAAACGCUGCGGGCUGAGGCUGCUGCCAAAUGGACAGAGUAAAAACGACAUCCGCCGAAUCGAAACUGCUCGCCGAGUUUUUCCCAGCCUUAACAAGUGUCUGUGGACCCUGUGCGAUAUCUCCAUCGCCAUGAUGUUCUGCAUAUGCCAUGCAUCCGUCCAGUCAGUCUUUCUUUACGGCUGUGAAUGCCGCGUUGUCCGUGUGGAAGAUGAACGAAAACUGGAAGUAUCUGACCUCUACUACUUGAGGACCAUCCUCCUAGUGAAGUACACCGACUUUUUCACCAAUGAGAUAGUCAGCAUCCGCUGCGAUAACAUUGUAAGAAUAUCCCAGGUCACCCAUGAAACAUGACUGAGGGGGUUUGGGCACGUCCUUCGUCGCCCGCCUCGCGAGAUCAGUGUUUCUGCCCCCGAUCCGGCACAGUUGCCCUUUUGAAUGCGUCUAUGAAGGAUCAACUCAAAACAGGCUAGGCGCACUGCGUCAAGGUAUGCAAGUGCUUCGCGGACCUUCGGUAUUCGUUCUCCGUCGUUGGCGAAGAGAAUGGAUUGAAUCGUCCAGAUUUGCUACCACAGAUCGUCACACGUGGAGGUACGGUCCGUAACAUCAUCGAGGCCGGCUUGUUCAGGCAUGUUCGCAUCCGCACCAAGUACAAGCGAGUAUGGCCAAACAAAUUGCAUUUACGACUGCACGCUAUGAAGGUAGUGGUGCCCUCUCUAUCGUAUUUUGAAUCACAUCAACGGUCACGGCCAGUUUGACAAUGCCUGACGUUUAUUGCGAAGAUAACUUCCUCUGUAAUAGCAUUUUCGUAGUUGUAUGUAGAUUCCUUACUUCCCUAGCUCUUCAUCGAUAGCAUUAUGUGGACGGCUUAAUUGACUUGGUAAAUUUGUGAACAGAUGCAUAGGAUGCAGUAACGGGUCUUUCAAGUGCUCCUAUCCGUGGAACGGCGCGGGUGAUAACCGGUCGAAUUAGCUGCCUCCAGUUCCUGUAGGUGGUAAAGCUACCAUGCCGUUUAUAGCUAAUGACACUGCAAUCACAUAGUACAGAUUCCUUGUUCCCAGUCAAGAUUAAAUAACGGUUUUCUUACUCCUUAGGUAUACUUUCGAACGAAACACUGUCGGAGCUGAUGCAGGUAGAGAACCGUCGCAUGGAACAAGACGAAACCGCCUGA